CUGGAGCACGCCACUGUGACACCACCAACCCGGUUCGAGUCUCUCCCAGUUCAUUUUCCACAAGCCCGUUGCGAUGUCGUACCUGUCCAAACCGCUAGUCAUCGGCGCCGUCACUGCCUCCGUGAUCGCUGCGCUCUUCUUCAUUUAUCAAUCGCAAAAUGGCAAGCCUUCGUCCAAGAACGCCACAACUUCAAAGGAAGCGUCAAGUGAAGCCGCAGACGCAUCCUCCUCUGCGGUUUCGAACGCCAGUUUGCCCUCACUGCCUAAGGACCAACUCCUUGCGAUUUUGGGCGUGAUUUCCACCCAAAUGGGCCAAGUUGUCAUGUCGUUGGCCGCCAUUGAACAAAAGAUUCGACAAGAGAGUUCGCAAAGCGGGCGUCGCCUGCCCGAAGAUCAAUUGGCCGCUUAUUUGAUGGGCCAGUUCGAAGAAGCAAUGAAGGCUAUUGAGUCGCAGGUGUACACUAAGUACAACACCAGCGAACAAGACGUGACAGUUGCCUCCGACUACUACGAGUCUAUUGAAGACCCUGAAGUCCACGCCGAAUUGCGCAAGUUGCGCGAACUUCACAACCUUAUCACAGGGUCUGGUGCCGUCGACGUCGAAGUUCCGGAAGACUUGACUUUGGAAAAGUUCUUGGUCAUCAUGGAAGAAACUAUGGAGUCGUUGAACGUGGCGAUGGAAGAAGUGUGCCAAGAAGUCAAGUUGCUCGACCCUGUGGACAAGGAAGAAGCUAUCAACCAGCGCUACGUGAAGAAGGCGGACCAAUUGUCCAACCAGAUCCACCAAGAACACGGUUUGUCAAGAGAAGUGCUACAAGCGGCUAUGAUGAAGUACCAGCAAGAAGCCGCCUUUCUCACUCGCAUGGCCGAACUGCAGCGCAUCCAAGCUGAACGAUUCGCUGCUGCUGGAUCCAUUUUUGGCGGGGAAGUCAACAUGGGACUCACCGAGGAAUGAUCAGGUAGAACGGUUAUGUGGUAGUGCUAAAUGAUACUGCUUAGAAAAGUUGUCGCUUAUAUAUUUUUCAUUUUCUGCAGUGGCCAAUGAGAGUUGUAUUUUGAAGUUUCCUUGUGAUUAAAGGUUAAAAAACUCAUGAAUUCCAG